AUUGGGCAUCAGGCUCUGUAGGCCGGUAGACGCGAGGUUUUUUUUUGUUCGCAGUCAAUACACGGUGGUUCAGACGAAAUGCAAAAGAAACUGACAAAACACAUCGAAAUAGCUGAAGAUGUUCAAAAUAAGAAUUAUAGUUCAGUUACUGUUGAAGAUGCGUUGACCGUCACAGGUUUCGGCAAAUACAACUUCGGUUUACUCCUAGUCUGUAGUUUCACUCUGCAAGCUAUGGGGAUGGACCUGUUCGGUAUAAGUUUCGUAGUGGCCGCCGCUGUAUGCGACUUGGAAAUUACUAUGCAGCAAAGGGCAUUGCUAACAGCUGUGCCCUUGAUAGGUGUGGUAAUGGGUGCUCAGAUAUGGGGUUAUAUAUCGGAUACGAGAGGUAGACGUCUGACCCUAGUUCUAUCAAUGUCUGUUGGCUUCGUUUUUGCUGCAUUGAGCUGCCUAGCACCGGAGUGGAAGACCAUGGCAGCGCUUAAACUAAUCUCUUCAAUUUUCACUUCGACCAGUAAUUCCGGUUCUUACACUUUACUUGGCGAGAGCUGUUCGUCCCGUGCCCGGGGUCGCGCCAUGCUGCUCUGCACGUGUGCUCUUAUGUGCUCGCAAGCAUCAGCAGCUGUGCUGGCGUACCCAAUUCUUCCUAUGGAAUUUUCAUAUCCCAUUAAUUUCCUAAACAUCACAUUCCGUUCCUGGCGUCUUUUGAUCCUCGUCCUGGCAGUGCCAUGUGCGAUCACAGCUGGCCUGCUGCAGUUCUUCCACGAGAGCCCCAAGUUCCUGACCUCUCAGGGUCGAUACGAUGAAGCUCUGGUUGUGCUGAAGAAGAUUUACGCCUGUAAUACUGGAGAUAGAGCCGAAAAUUUUCCGGUCAAAAAACUCAUUCCGGACAACGAGGACCAGACUGCCGAAGCCCAGGAUUCGUUUCUCAAGUCCCUGUGGCAUCAAACCGUGUCGCUGUUCAAGCCUCCAUUGCUCAAGGAUACGAUGAGACUAUUCUAUUUGGUCAUUAUCAUUUAUAUGACUGGCAGCGGCUUCAUCCUUUGGCUCCCAUACGUCAUGAACAACCUCUUCUACGUGUUGAAAUCAACUGGUGGCGAUGGGAUGAACCUUUGCACCGUGAUCGGAUACCCGACUGAUACUUAUAUGAACUCUUCAAACAUUACGGACUUUACCGAAAUCUGUAACGACACAGUGGAAGACACCACGCUAUUCUCGGCCAUGACGUAUGGCGCCCUCGCUUCCUUCUCCAAUCUAGUCCUGUCAUUGACCUGCGGAUCUCGGAAAAGAUCAGCGAUGAUGUGUAUCCUCGCAAUGUCGGCCACGUCAGCUAUCCUCCUGAACGUCGUCAGGAUACCGUUGGCUGGCGGAAUAUUCUUCUUCUUCUUCAUUAUGUGCGCUCUCUCGAUGGGAUUGCUUAGUGUUUAUUUUGUGGAGCUUUAUCCAACAUCUUUAAGGGGUAUGGUGUCGUGUGUAUCGAUGAUGGUGGGCAGGUUGAGUGCGUUCCUAGGCGUCAACGCCAUCGGAGCUCUCCUGUCUUUUAACUGCGAGGCUACAUUUUACGGCUGGUCCGUGCUAUUAAUGAGCGCCAUCGUAAUAGCUUGGUUCCUGCCCCGAGAUAAGCAGCAUGACAAAUAACUGUUUCUCAACCUGGAUCCCUGAAGGACGAAGACAGAAAAAUCGGAUAUUAAGAUUUAAUAACCUAACUCUUUCUCUUCUACGCUGAUGCAAGGGGCAAUGUAAUUUGUUUUCACAACUGUGGGCUAGUGUAUUAAAUAUAUUUUUAUUGCAUAGAUGGUUGAACGAGCUCACAGCCCAUCUGGUUACCGGAGCCCAUAUACAUCUACAACGUAAAUGCCGCAAGCCACCUUGUGAUAUGAGUUCUAAGGUCUCAGUAUAGUUACGGCUGUCUCAACCUUCAAAAUCGAAACGCAUUACUGCUUCACGGUAAAAAUAGUCAGGGUGGUGGUACCUACCCGUGCGGACUCACAAGGGGUCAAUUUUGUGGGUUUCAUUUUCAUUACACGAACUUAUUCCUUCACCAUGGAAGUCAAUCGUGAACAUUUGUUAAAUACGUAUUUGAUUAGAAAAAUUGGUACCCGCCUGCGGGAUUCGAACACCGGUGCAUCGCUCAACACGAAUGCACCGGACGUCUUAUCCUUUAGACCACGACGACUUCUAAAGUACCCACAGCCACCUGAUUCUAGUUGGUACCGGAUCUUGUAGACAUCGCAACGUGAAUGCCACCACCCACCAUGGGAAAUUAAGUCGGUGUCUCAAUUGUAUCGUGAAGUUGCCACCUUCCACCACUACCACCCUUCAAAUUUUAGCCGCAGAAAUAGAUAGAAUUGCACCUACCCGCGUUUCUGCUUAAAAAGAGUUAAAUGCACUACACUUAUCGUGAUAGACAAAUAUUUAAUUGAUUCAAUUCAAACAAACAGCUAAGUUCAUAGGAAACCUACUUAGAACAGACCCCAUAGACCCUUGAGAGAUGUGGCUGAAGUCUCAAUUCAAUCAGAAUGAAAGUCAUUUCGUUUAAAACUAAAAGAACUGACCGUACCAAGGUAAUCAUGUGAUGAUCUAUUUCCGAGAAUCUCCCGUCAAAUAGAACUUAACAUUAGACAGAUGUGGCGAGGAACACAAUGGCACGAACGUACAAUAUGCAGCCCAGCUAAAGCCCUCUGAUUGCUUAAUCUGACGUUCGUCUUAUCCUUUAAUGGAGAUUAAGCCGCAUAAGUGUCCUUAGUUGUGUAUCUUCCAAGUUUAUUUUCCGAAAACUUUGACAAAAUACAUAAUAUAUCUCUCGCUGUUUCUAUCUAGUUGUCAUCUGUUAUUCACCAAACCGCCUUUGAAGCUGGUUUACAUGUGUAUAGAAAUUAUUGAGCUAUGUUUCUUUUGUAUGUAUUUUUAUUUUGUCGUGUCACGUUAAUCUGGAAUAUUCUAAUCCCUAGUGAUUUUGACGCCUCUCGCAUAAUAUGGAAGGUCUCUUAUUUAUCGAAAUUUGACAAUUUUAUAAAACUCGACUGAACGCAACCUCAUUACGUAUGACGUCAUUUGGGGCUAAAACCUGCUAACCAUCGCAUUUACACACUAAUUCAAAUUAUGGCUCAAUAAUAUUUAUAGAUGUGUUUGAAUUAUUGUUUUAAAUUUUAGAUUGUUUCGUGUGAUGUUCGGUGUAAUUAACAAACUAUGGAACUAAUUAAGUUAUUCAUAUAAAUAAAUAAAAACAUUGAUUGUGAAUCAGUCGGUCAGUUCUAAAACAGCUUAUUACCGUAUUUAGUACCUACUUCUUUUAGUUAGGUUUUUUAAUUAGCAAAUAAAUUGAGAGUACCUGAACGCUGUACUGAUAGAUAUAAGAAUCACUCAUACGUUUAAUGACUGCUAGAUUAUUUAACUAUGUAAUAAUUAUUAUAGAUUUUUAAAUAAAAUAUUUGAAAUGA